CUCGUCAGGGCCUGACAAAGACAAUACCUGGCAUCCCAGCUGGGAAGAAGCAGAUACACGAAGUAGAGAAACCGAUAUAUACCACAGUGCAGCGGUGAGGGCUCUUCCGGCAUUUACUAGACUACCUACGGUAGCCCUGGGUCGAUUAUUCGUGCUGUUAUGGAUCAACAGUGCUUCCUUUCCUAAGAAUUUUUUGUGCAAGCUUUCGAGAAACGGUCUUUAGAAUCGUAAAUCAUGAAGGCGCAGGAGCUUGUGACCCAUGCGAGUUUGAUUAUUGAGAGAUGUAAAAUGAGCGCCCCUUGCACGCGUCCGAAUACGAAUAUCAAUGAUCUUCUUUUCGUUCCGCUAUGUCCCCUCAGCGGCGCGCAGACUUUACACAACCGCAUCAGGCGCAAGCUCGGUCAUAACACCCACACAAUCUAUAUACCUCAGCACGUCAACCAAUCCAUAUUUCAAUCUCUCGUUCGAAGACUGGCUAUUUAGACACGCACCUCAGAAGGAGCCGCUACUCCUGCUGUAUAGAGAUGCCUCAUGUGUUGUCAUAGGACGCAACCAAAACCCAUGGAAAGAGGUCAAUCUCCGUGCAGCCCGUGCACAAGGCAUUCCGUGGGUGCGUAGGCGCAGCGGUGGUGGGACAGUGUACCAUGACCUUGGCAACACAAACUUCUCCAUCCACGUCCCACGCACGACUUUUGACCGCGGCGCUACUGCACAGGUCAUUCUCCGGGCCGUGCGCGCGCUCGGCAUCGAUGCAGAUGUGAAUGAGCGGAACGAUAUUUGUGUGGGAGGUGAGAAGGCGUCGGGCUCAGCGUACAAAAUCGUAAGCGGGCGUGCGUACCACCAUGGGACGAUGCUGAUUACCACGAGACUUGAGACGCUGGGAGAUUUGUUGAGGGUGAACAAGGAUGCAAUGAUCACGAAGGGUGUCGCGUCUGUGCGUUCGCCGGUGUGCAACCUUGCUCGAUUCAGUGAAAAAGUUAGCCACGACACGUUUGUGAAUGCUGUCGUGGACUCGUUCAAAGCCGAGUAUGGCAUUCAUGACGAGCCGUGCAUCGUUAACGAUACUGACGACCUCGCGAAAAUAGAGUACAUUCAACGCGGGAUGGCAGAGCUACCUAGCUGGGACUGGGCUUUUGGCCAAACUCCCGAAUUCGAGUACACGAUCAAGAAGCCGUUUGUGUGGGGCGAUGUCACAGCACACAUCCACGCUCGACACGGGGUGAUUCUCUCCUGCACGCUGCAAGGGUUGGACUCUGAACUUGGAAAGGUUCUCGAGGGCAAGCGUUAUGGGUUUGUUAAAGAUGAAGAGCUGGGUGUGGAUUUGAGUGGAAAGGAAGGAAUCGUAUGGGCGUGGCUAAAGGAGGAGAUGAGUUCCUAUGAUUAAUACCUUGUUUUCAGUUGGAUGUAUGAAAACGACAGUGCUCGUGGAUACGGAUAUGAUGCGAACUCGCGAGCAUAGAGAUCUUCGAUUCUAGUAGAUGUGCUUCAGGUGUUCUCACAGACUUUGUUUGUAGCGCAAGAAUAUUUGUUCCUUUUGCAGGAGAUCCUCCAUAACGGAUAUCUGCCCACCGAAAAUUGGCGUAUAGUAUCCAUCUAAAAAACAAUUUUAUUCAAGGCGGCGUGGUAUGUGGUAUCAUUAUGAUGUAGUUUCCGUGUACCAAGCGCUACUCGUCUCGAAACCUUCUGGAGGUACGGGGUUUGACUAGAAAAGUGCAUGA